AUGCAAAUUCUCAACGCCAUAGAGAACACGGCAACCUCGCUAGGCUUGAAGUUCAAUCCAGACAACCGGCUGAAAAUUGGGCACGCUGAAAUUAGACCUCUUGCAGAAGAAGAGCACGAGGACUACUUAGGAACACCUAUAGGCGCCCGACUUACCUUCCGACCAGCUACUUCAUUGCUUGACAACCUUAUCAAAGAAGCAGAUCCCGGCUUGGCGCCCUGGCAAAAGUUAGAAGUCUACAGGAGUUGUCUUCUUCCGUCGCUGUCUCACCAAAUGGCGUCUGGCAGGGUGGAGAAGGGUGAUCUUUGCGACCUUGGCGUUGCAUGCAGAGAUUUUUUUCGCAGAAUUGCCAACGUCCCAGUGUCAUCUAAUACGGCCUUUUUCUACGUAGACAGAAGAGUUGGGGGACUUGGAAUGCUUCCUCUGACUGAUGAAGCUGAUAUGUGGACUAUUGCCAGAGCGAUGCAAUUCCUGGAUGGCGAGGACGAGUCCGUAAGGGAAGUGGCCAUAACACAACUUGAGGAGAUCAUCCGACUAGGAUACGGAAGGAGAAAAGUACCAUUCCCCAUACCAAUUAACGAAUACUUGGCAGGGUCAAUGGACAAAGUUCUUGAUGACUUAAGACAUGGAAGGUCAUCCAUCAACCUCUGGUCGCGUUCGAGGAGGGCAGCUGGUCACCUGAAGGCGAUCAAGAUUCAUGUAUCCGGGGAACAAUACUCCAAAAUCAUCGCCGAUGACAUCUGUUGUAUCUUCCUAAAAGCAGUCAGAGGGCUCAGAACCACACUUAGAGGAAGGUGGACAUCCAGGCUACUGUCGGAGCAACAAGGGAAAAUCGCAACGGGACUAGCACUAGACAUGGCAAAGGACACGGCAGCACUCAUCUCUUGCAGAACACCGUUUACGUUUCAAGAAUGGCACUACCUCCAUCAAGCCAGACUCGGAAGACUACCCGUCAGAGGGUAUAUUAUGGUGACAAUGGCGGACGCACAUGGCCACUCCGUUUCUGUAAAUCGGGCAGUUGACUCCACUGGAACACGACCGGACAUCGUAGUAAUUUCGACGAACCCUGCCACCAUAAUUGAUGUAACCGUGCCUCUAAGCAGCGCAGAGGGGUUAGAGAAGGUUUGGGAUAAGAAGAUAGAGAAGUACAAACACCUAGGCUCUGUACUUCCGCAAGUCGUUGGUUCACUCGGGUCUUGGCUACCAAGCAACGACGCAAUAUCCCUAGCCCUGAGCAUUCCUCGAAGGCGGUGGAACAACCUGACGAAGAAGAUGAAGCUCUUGGCCAUACAAGAAACUACUAAAAUGAUAGCGAACCACUUGGCAUACCAAACCGAAGAAAGCGAUCCACCACCUGAAGAAGAUGAAGAAACAGAAGACAUCAGUCUGCAACUUUCUCUUUAA